UUCCUACACAAGAGCUGUUUCAGAUAUGCCUCCAUAAUGUAUCAUAUGUGAAAUGUAUGGUGGACAAAUAUUUAAGCUAGUUUUAACGUGUUUCAUAAGUAUCUAUUAUUUUCACAUGGAUCCCUUUUAACUAAAUUCUAAUAAAUACUUCGAAUUAGCAGUGUUUGCUUCAUAUAAAGUACAAAUAUUUAAUCAAGCAAUGGACACUGGUCGAUUGCAAUCAGCGCAGAAAUUAUCUUAUGGGGUUGGCCAUGUUUACAACGAUUUGUGUGGAACUAUGUGGUUUACAUACAUACUUGUGUACCUGCAAUUUGUUUUGAAGCUUCCUGCAAGUACGGCAGGAGUAAUUUUAAUGAUGGGUCAGGUCGUGGAAGCAGCAGCUACUCCUCUAGCCGGACUAGAGAGCGAUCGAAUCACUGGGUGUGGUAAAUACGGCCGCAGAAAAUCCACUCAUCUCGUUGGAACCGUUCUUACCAUGUUCGCUUUUCCGCUGGUGUUUAUUGCUCUGCCUGGUUUUGACAGAGCAAGUCCGGAAGCACUUUUGGUCUUCUACAUUCCUCUGGUCCUUAUUUUCAAGUUUGGGUGGGCAAUGACUCAAGUGUCGCAUUUGAGCAUGAUCCCAGAACUAAGUAACGAUGCAACAGACAGAGAUGACAUGACUAUUUUGAGAUACAUUUUCGAUAUGGCAUCAGACAUGUCAGUGUACGUCGUAACCUGGGCCGCGUUUAGUGCAAGACAUUCACCCGAUUCAGUUACCAUUGACGGGAGUGACGCUUGGCGUUUUCGAAACAUUUCUUUGAUUCUGGUCGCGAUUGGAGUGGUUUUCAAUGGAAUAUUUCACGUUUCCACGAUAGAGAAAUCGGCUAAACCAAUUGAAAUGCCACAGACGAGCAGUGCUCCCUUGAGAAGUAAAGUUGUCCAUGAAGAGGAAGGUGACGUCGCCUGUAGUGAAACUGUUCCGAUAACAAUUGUCCCAAUGAGGUGGAGGGAUUGGUUUCGUGAAAAGCAUUAUUUUCAAGUGGGUCUUCUUCUUGUGCUAAGCAGAUUAUUCCUGAAUUUAAGUCAAGCGUUCAUACCUCUAUUUUUGCAAGAGGGAAUCCGCGCUCCUCAGGAAUAUUUGGCAAUAAUUCCCGGCGUUUGCCAACUAAGUGCCCUUUUGGCCUCCUUGUUAGUCAAGAUUAUUCUUUGCUAUUCAACUAAAAAAGUUGCAAUCAUACUUGGAGCGAGCUUUGUUUUCGUGGGGUGCGCGUGGCUGGGGUUUGACAGCCCAGAAGCAAUACGAUCGGGAAAUAUUUUCCUAUUGGCCACAUUCCUUGGAGCUGGAACUGGCAUGAUAAUCGUAGUUUCUACGAGCUUUGUAUCUGAUCUCAUUGGCAAGAAUACGGAAUCUGGUGCAUAUGUUUUCGGCUCGAUAGCAUUUUUUCACAAUCUACUUGGAGGAUUUGUCGUGUUUGUAGUUCAACUGGGCCACGGAUUUUGUGAAGGCUCACCAACAUAUUACAAAAACUUUAUCACGUAUGGACUCAGUUCUCUUGCCGUUCUUUCUUUAGUGCUGGUGCUACUCCUUGAUGAAGUAACCUUAGGCAAACGAUUAUCAGAAAAAAAUACUGUUGAAGGACGUGAAAAGCUGGCGGAUAAAGCCAACGUCAAGAAGUACGGCGCAACAAAUACGGGUUUUCCAAUAUUAACAACACCCUCUAGUGAAAGCUAAACACAGAUUAUGUACAAAUUUUCCGAGUAAAUUACUUCAGUCACUUCAGUCAAUCCCUCGAAUAAAGCAACGGAUUUUUAUAUGUCUAAAUAUU